UCUGCCCUCAUCAAUCCACAUCUUUAAUUGCACUUUUACAGUAAUCCAAAAUCUUCAAUGAUCACUUAUCUGAAAGCAAGUUUUUAAUUCCCAGGUCUUAAAUGGAAUUCCCAGCUACAGUGGGAUUAGAAUUCAAAUUCUCUUUUUGUUCAUAUGUAUUUUUUUCUUCUUCAUCUGUCUUUUUACUUUUCAUGCAGUAAUAUACUCCCAGCAUCUCCAGUCCCCUAAUUUCCUAUCUCCCACUUUCCCACUUUUUAAAACUUACUCCCACAGUGGUAUGAUUUUGAUCAUUAUUGCUGGGCAUUAAGGCAUGUGUGAGAUGCAGCUUGCUUUAACCUUUUGCAAGCAGUAUGUUCACCAAAGCAUUUAUCUAGCUUAUUUAUUAACUUGUGAUAAACUUCCAACAGGCGACAUUGAAACCUUACCUUCAGAAAAAAGAUUAGAAAGUGAUAAUGAAGCAAAUAUUUGCUCUGAAGAGGAUUUGCUGAACUUCACCUUCAAAGUUUGUGACACAGAGGGCACAGGAAAAGUUCCCACAUCAGUGAUUGUUCGUUACUUGCAAGAAAUGACGGGACAAAGCUACAAGUAUGGCAGACUACAUGUAUUGUACAACAUGCUUGAUCCAAACAAAAGGGAUGUUGCUGUUGACCGUGAACGAUUCCAUUCCACAAUGAAAAGAUGGAUUGCAACUUGCUGUCAGGAAGGGCCAUCUGAUGAUAAAGCAGAUAUGAGAGAACAUUCUUCUGUUCAAUCAAUAGACAGAGAGGAAACUUCUCAUGUGAUGUCAGGAAUAUUGGAGGAAGAAAUGGGCAGCUCUAAAAUAUACUUUCAAAGUGACCACAAAUUUACCAUGAGAACAGGAUCCUUUUCCAACAGAGAAACCAAUGAAUUAAUCAGUGAUGUUGCUGAUCUGAAAUAUGCAAACCAGAAGUUACGAGAGCAAAACGCCAGUUUCCAGAAGGCCAUGGAGCUAUCAGAUGAGACAAACUUGCAACUAACAAAGGAACUAUCAAAGCUAAAGGGCCAAUUGAUGAGUUCUCAAAGCUCACUUCGCAGUUUAAAAAGUAUGGUGGAAGAUUUGGAAGAAGCAAGGACUACAGGAAGAGAUGCACAAGAGAAAGUUUGUCAGCUGCAGAUACAUUGCAAAGAACUGAAGAAGGAAAAUGAAGUACUUGUUGCACAGCUGUGGGCAGUUUUUGAAAAGAAUGAAAAGAUUGUGAAGGAUAAGCGGAAGCUAAACUAUCAAAUCGAUGAACUAUUAACGGAAAAUGCUGACCUAACUAAGCAGAUUCAUGAGGCUCAAAAUCUGCUGAUAUCUAAAGAUGCUAUAAUUUUUGAGGAAACAGUUUUGAUUGAAGAAUUGAAGAUGUCCAAUGAAGAAAGCCGCAAAAUUAUAGAGGGAUUACGUGCUGAAUUAAAAGCAUCACAAGGGAAGGUUUCCCAAGAUUUCUUUGGAACCUUGGAUUUCCAGCCUUCACAGCACAGUACCUACACCAUCUGGAUUCCAGUGGUUGAAGAUGACACCUUACCAUCACCUUCCUGUGAGCAGGGAAUGGGCAAUAGCUGCUGA